GCAUUUCUCCUAAUGAUGUAAUACCAUUAGUGAAAUUUGACGGGAUUGAAGAAAUUUUAGAAGUUGGAAAGGAAAGAUUUACCAAAAAAAAUAAUGAAGGUGUUUUGAUGGUAACACGUACUCAAUUACCGUUAAAAUUGAAAUACGCAAUGUCUAUACACAAAUCACAAGGUUUGACAAUUGAAAGGUUAUAUAUAAAUUGUGCAAAAGUUUUUCAGAGUGAACAACUUUACGUAGCUUUAUCAAGAGCUGUUGAUACAAAAAAUUUAUGUGUUAAAAAUUUUAGAGUGGAAAAGUUAAAAGCGAAUGAGUUAGUCAUAAAAUUCAUGGUAGAUAAUUUUGAUUUACAAAUGAUAUUGAUGAAACAAGAGGGCACACAUAUUCGCAGUCUUUAUAAUUCUGAUAUGAAUAUACAUUAUGGUGUGAUCGUGUUUGAUAAAUUUGAUAAAGAGAUGAAUUUUUUUUAUGCAAAUGUAAGAAAAGGGUUGGUAAUUCGAUGUAUCAAAGACAAAGUUGUAAAUUGGUUACACGUUCAAUUAUUUAUUUCCAUGUUACGAUCACUUAAUUGUAAUUGGGAUAAGAUAAUUAUUGUACAUGAAGACAAAGCAAUUAUAAAAAAAGAAGCAAGAUCAAACAAUAACAUAGUUUUUAUUCCUCGUCCGUAUAUUUUAGCAUAUUUAAAUCAGAUAAAGAGAAAUUUUAAAUAA